AUUAAUAUUUUUUGAGAUAAUGAGUGUUAACGCCUUAUGAAUCACUCUGUAUAAGUACUAUAUAAGAUUUGCCACAAAAAAAAAAAAACUGCACGAGGGAUAUUCAACUAGGUAAUAAUAUAUAUAGUUUUAUUUUGGUUUUCUUUUGAUGCGUAUGUUAUUUCUUAAACUACAACAAGUAACAGACAAUAUUUGGAAAUAUUUACGCUUUUAUAUAAAUCCCUUUUUAGUAUUUCAGUAUCAUCUAGUCCGCAUAAUAUAAUAGCUAGCUGUGGUAUAUGUAAUAUGUAUAUAUUAAUAUAGGUAUGUAUCGAAUCAAAUUGUAGUUAUAAUGUGCUAAUCUAUGCUAGGUAGACUAUAAUACGCUAUACUGGCGUGCGCUGACUUCAUUGACAGGGUAUGCAAAAUAAAAAAAAUUGGCUCUUUCCUCCAAUAACAAAAAAAAAGUGCCGUAAUAAAAUAUUAUUGUCAUCAAAAUAUAAAAUUUAAUGGUAACUUUUUAUAAAAAUUUGGCUCUUCCCACCAAUAACAAAAAAGUGCCGUAAUAAAAUUAUUGUCAUCAAAAUAUAAAAUGUAUUGGUAACUUUUUAUAAAAAAAUAUUCAUACAAUUUAGAACUUGUUCACAACUUCUUCAAAUAUCUAUAUUAUUCCGUUUUCGAGGCCGCUUUUUGAAAAUUAAAUUAUAAAAAUGUACUAACACUGAGAUCAUUAAGAAAAAAAACGGUCUUCGAGGGGAAAUAAAUGAACCCCUUUGUUGGAGUCGUAGAGUGUGCUGUGACAUACCUUGCAUACCCCGUGCGCACGCCUAUGGAUAUUAAUGAUAUUAUACUAUUUUAACUAUAUAGGUAUUAUACUUUUAAUACAGGUAGGAAUGUACAUAAUAUAUUGUACAUUUAACAUUUAUUGGCAAUGCAAUCUUUUAUUAUUAUUAAGUAUACACAUGUUUUAUUUACUUGAUUGAAUGUUUAUAUAAUAUGAUUUACGGACCGUCAACGCACACGGAAAAAAAUAUUAACCAAAUAAAUUUGGGUGACAACAAUUUAGUUGGUCUAAUUAUAUUUUAGUGAGGCUUGAUACAACUAUGUACUGACAUUUACUAUAAAGUUAUGGUCAGACAUUUAGUAGUUGUACCAAUAAAAUAUAGUUGGCAUGGUUAAAUUAUAUUUAGGUACAACAAAAAUAAAUGGUUAAAUAAGCUAAAACUUAUAGUUAAUAUUAUUUAGAUGUAUUACUAAUAAUACUAGUUGAAGUAACUAAAACUGGUGUCUGCAUAUGUCGAGAGCUAAACGAUUAGGUAUUGUUACUAUAUUAUUCAGUUGGGAUAAUUAUAAAAUUAAGUUUUAUUAUUCUUGUCAUACUAUUUUUAGAUGCAUAAGUAAAUACAUACAACAUUUCGCGCGUGUCCAUUGUCCUAACAUCCGUACGUCGCGCAUUAUCCGUUUAUAUAAAAAUUAUAUAAAAACUCAUCACUGCAAUAAUUUCCAGUUUCCACUGCACUUUUGAAUUUACUUGUGUCGUGAUGUACUAAUGUGUAUACAUAAGUAAUAGAUGUUUGACCGUUCUUUUGUACCUAACUAUUUUUUUAUAUCGUGCUUGUACACGGUACAGUGAGAAUUAUAAUCGUAUAUUCUUAUACCUUCCACCUGACUUCCGUCGUCGUCGUCUGCGUAUAAUUGUUGAUCGACUUCUUUUGCAAUGGAUGAAUUUACUGUUGGUGUGCUGAUUGAAUGGGGAUUUGAGGAACUCAUCGAUACGUUUAAAGAUGAAGAAAUCGGUAAAGAUGACUUUUUGUCAUUAACGGAACUAAUGGUAAAAGAAUUAAUACCAAAGAUGGGUAAACGUUCAUCAUUUUAUAGUAAACUAACUAGGCUAAAAGAAAUUCAAGAAUCGAUCAAAUAUACUGAAGCAUCUAUACCUAUUGAAAUUUCACCUUUAGUGCUGGAAGAUCAAAUAAGUGAGCAUGUAGACAAAAUAAAUAUAUCAGACAUAACAAACUUUGAAUUGCACGAUGUUGAAGGUGUAAAAAAUAACAUUGAUUUAUUUUCCGAUGAAAAUGUAUUUGGUAACACAUCACUGCUUGAAUCUUAUGAUAAUACAAAAAUAUCACUAUUUAUAGGCGGUAGUUAUCAAGAUCCUGGAAAAAAUUUGACCAACCAUAUUGGCACUUCAAAUAAUGACUGCCAUCAAUCAUUAAGUACUGAUGAAAUUGUUGAGGCCAAUAAAGCAAAAGAUUAUAUAAGUAAAAUAUUGAAUAAAUAUAGUGAUGGGAAAGUAGUACUAAAUUAUUAUGAGUCUGUUGGUACAUUAAAUCAAUUCAUUAGAAAUAGUUUAUCUUCCAUCAUUAUUAAACAUGAAAUUCAGCAGUCUAUCAAAAUUGAAAAAAAUAAAUUUACACUAUUAGCAAAAGGCAUUGAACAAUUAUUUCUAAGUGAGACUGGUCAAACCUAUUUUACCCCUUAUUUUAAAGAUGGAAAUAAUGUACACCCAAUGCGAGGGAAACUAUAUGACAAAUACUGUAAUCUACGAAAGCAAAUUAAACAAAUAAAUCCAUCAAAGGUUAUUGUAACAACACAGUCGACAGAAAAUGAUAUUUUAAUUGAUGACGAGUGUAAAGAAAAAAUAUUGUGGCUUAAGAACAACACACAACCUACCCUUACUUUACAUAAAUAUUGGACUGAGACAUCAAAUUAUAGAUUGACAAUAAAAGAAAAUUGUAUCGAACUUUAUCCUGCUUUUAAAAGUCCUACUGGUCAUUUAUUAAUUGAGAUUGAUUUCCAGACUUUGUAUCCUGGAAAAGAUAAACUCCUAUUUCAUAAGUUUGAUGUAUUUAAAGUGAAGUUAAUCAAGUAUAUUGAUAAACUAAACAAACGUUUUUCAUUACAAGACGAGUCUACUUUACUUUCCGAACUUAAAACCCCGUCAAGGCCAGGUAAUGAUAACAUAUCUGUUCUUAAACUUUUGCCUCAACUUUUUCAACCAUUAACAAUCAAGUUGGACAAAAAGCGUAAACGAGACGGUAAACAUUCAAUUUGGAGACCAUCAAAGGCUGAACAGGCAGAUUCUUUUGUUUUAUUUAUACCUGAUGUCUCAGAAUUAAGAAAUGUUCAUGCCCAAAAAAUAGAGAAGGCAGUUCAAUAUGGUACAACAUUACAACCAUACAUAAUAAUUGUUGACAACACUGACAUUUAUGCUGUGAUCAACAGCAUAUAUUACAAGUUGGAAACACCGUUAAAAGCGUUAGAUGUUUGUUACAAAUCAUAUUUUGCUCUGAAUUUAAACUAUCCUCAAGAAAGUGAACAAAUUUGGUUGUUUAUCCAAAACUAUUUCUUUGAUACAACACUCAAGUCCGAUAAACAUGUUUUAUUUGUUAAAACAUUUAUCAACGAUUUAAAAAACAUGUAAGCUGUCAUUAGGUAGUAAAUGCCCACUUGUAUUAAUAUACCUACCUAAUAUAAAGUAAUAUUAGGUGUUAUACAGUUACUUGUAGUCUACAAUGUAGACAUUUACCGAAUUAAAUAUUUUAUUUUUUGUUAAUUUAUUGUUUUACUUUACAAUAAGUAAUUUAAUUUAAAUUAAAAAAGUAUAUUUCAUUUGAAAAGUUUAAUAAAUACCUAUUACAAAUAUUAGACGACUUUUGAAUACAAAGAUGCCUUCUUGUUUUUUGUGCAACACUAAAUUCAACUUAAAUUCUCAUUUGUUAAUACAUAUAAAUAUUUUUCAUGAUCCAAAA